AUGCCCUCUGAACCUUUCAUCGUUUUCGGUUACGGCUCUCUUAUCUUCAAACCGCCACCGCAUGUUAUUGCACAAGCCUCUGGGUUCUUGAAAGGCUACGUUCGACGAUUCGCGCAGAAAUCGCAUGACCAUAGAGGAACCCCCGAGCAUCCUGGUCGCGUCGUUACCUUGGUUCACAAGAAGGACUGGGAUAUGUUCUCUGCCGCUGAUGCGUUUCCUGACGAGGAUGUGGUGUGGGGAAUCGCCUACACAAUUGAUCCUGCCUUCGAGGACGAGGUUCGCGCAUAUUUAGGUACAGCUCACUAUAGAGAAAAGGACGGCUACACUAUGGAAACGAUGCCAAUCUACACCAUCGUCAGUGGGGAAGAAAAAAUAAUUAUUCCCAAGGCGUAUUGCUAUGUCGGACGGCCGGAUAACCCCUCCUUUUUGGGUUCUGAACCGUUGCCUGAGCUAGCGCACCGCAUCUGGAUCUCGGUGGGGCCUUCAGGGCCCAACAAAGAUUACUUGUACAACCUUGCAGACUCUGUGCGGCAUCUGAGUCCUGCCUCUGUGGAUCGACAUCUCUUUACGCUGGAGGUGUGUGUUACAACCUAUCGGUCGCUGAAUAUUGAAUUUGAACUCCGUCCACGGGCAGGAAAUCGUCAAAAACCUGGACCAGUCGGAGGCACCCAUAUCCGUUGA